AUGUUUGCACAAAGAGGUGAAGAAAGGGGGCUCGAGAAAGGGAGUCCGACUCUUAAAGAGGUUGUGGUCAUCGUCGGCGCAAUUGAAGUUUCCAUGCAACAGUUGAAGGAUAUGGAUGGUGAAAGUGUGGAAAAAAGAGGUCUUUUGACUUCAGGUGUUGUUAGUUCUUCUUGGACUUGGUGUAAUGGCGGCCAUGUCAUGAAGAUACCUAGUUCGUACUGUGGGCCCACAAUGGAAGAUAGUUCUCCUUCACAAAAUCAUAACGGACAGUUGGGACCUUCGAGUGGUGGAAAUAACAUAGGAAAUAAGCAAAACGAGGAAGGCAGCCAAAGAACACAAUAUUCUAUCCCUGGUAUCCUACAUUUCAUUCAACAUGAGUGGGCCCGAUUUGAGAUGGAAAGGUCGCAAUGGGAAGUGGAUAGAGCAGAAUUACAGGCAAGAAUAGCAUUUCUACAAGGAGAACGUAAAGGUCAAGAAAAUUUGAAAAAUGACCUGGUGCGGAGGAUAAAAAUGUUAGAAUAUGCCCUGAAACAAGAAAGAGCAAAAUAUCAUAAAUUGAAAUAUGGAACGGAGCUUCAGCAAGGUGAUGUCAAGCCUCCUAUGUUCGAUGAACAUUCAGGGCCAGAAGCACCUGUGGAUGGAGAAGCUACAUUCACGUCUGUCAGCAAUGUCAGUUGGAGACAAGGCAGGCAGUUACUUAGACAGUAUCUUCAAGAAAUAGGUUAUACUGAUACAAUCAUUGAUGUGCGUUCCAAUCGUGUACGCUCAUUACUUGGAUUAAAUAAUAAUGCUGAGGGUGAAGAAAAUUUGAACAAUGCUCCGUUACAAGUAAAUGGAAAUGAACCAUCUAAUAAAAGAGCAUGUGAAAGUCAAGGUAGACGUACUCCUGCUAAAAAGACUCCUCCACCUGCUUCAUCACUCGCCGAAGCUAUGAUUUUGGACACUCAGGCAGCAGUAAUGGCAAGCUUUGAUUUCCUAGCUCAGUCUGUAGCAGAUAUGGAUGAUGAUGAUGACAUGAGUGAUGACCUUGAUGAAGCUCAAGAUGAUGAACAAGAUGAUGUUAAGACUGCAAAGAGGAAGGGAAAGGGAUUAAUGUUGACUGAAGGAAUGACUACAGACGAUGUGGAUCGAGAGGCAGAAGAAGUUCUUAACGAGUUAAAUCUUCUCUCAGAAACUGAAGAUUCUGGUGCAGAUAUACAUUCGCAGAGUGAUCCAUCUGAUUGGAGUGGUACAGGAAUGGGAUUUCAACCUGGGACUGGACAUCGACGACAAUUGGGCUCUGCUUUAGCUGAUGAGGAAGUUCUUGAUUCAACACUAGGUCUAGGAGAACUUGCACAACUGACAGUAAACAAUGAGGCAGAGGCGGCUUAUGAUCCAGUUCUCAUUACAGCUAGUGAAGACCACACGUUAAAAUUAUGGAAUUUGCAAAAGACUGUUCCAGCAAAAAAGUCAACAUCUUUGGAUGUAGAGCCUCUGUAUACUUUUCGACGACAUACUGGGCCUGUGUUAUGCUUGGCUAUGAGCGCUACUGGAGAAGAAUGUUACAGUGGUGGAGUUGAUGGAGCUAUUUACUGUUGGAAGUUACCAUGUGCGAAUAUUGACCCCUACGAUUCAUUUGAUCCUGGUGUGGUGACUGGAAGUUUAGAAGGGCAUACAGAUGCUGUAUGGGGUCUCAGUAUACAUAGUCAGCGACUCCAGUUGUUGUCAUGUUCAUCUGAUGGCACUGUGAAAUUGUGGUCUCCUUCCAGCAAAGCACCCCUUGUAUCCAGUUAUUCAUCUGAACAAGAUGGAGCGCCUACUUCUGUUGACUUUGUGAGAGACGAGAAUACUCGCAUGGUAGCAGCAUUCAGUUCAGCUCAUUGCAUUGUAUAUGAUUUAGAGACAGGGAAACAAGUUGUUCGACUAGAAACUGGCCAGGAUGUGGACAAUAAUAUAGUGGGAAGACAAAUUAAUCGUGUUGUUGCACAUCCUACAUUACCGCUUACCAUCACUGCUCAUGAAGAUCGGCACAUACGUUUUUUCGACAACACAACUGGAAAACUUGUUCACGCCAUGGUGGCACAUUUGGAUUCUGUCACAAGUUUGGCAGUAGAUCCAAAUGGGUUGUACCUGCUCUCGGGGAGUCAUGACUGCAGUAUUCGUGUCUGGAACUUGGACAACAAAACUUGUGUUCAAGAAAUAACAGCGCAUCGUAAAAAGUUUGAUGAAAGCAUCUUUGAUGUUGCCUUUCAUGCAUCACGACCAUUUAUAGCAAGUGCUGGGGCUGAUGCUUUAGCAAAAGUGUUUGUGUGAAACCAUGCAAAUACAUUAGAUAAUAAAAACUAUGACCAGUAUGAUGUGAUGAGGAUUGGGGAGGGAUCUUCACUUUGAAUGAGUGAAAGUAAGGGGCAAAAAGAAGAUUUCUGUUCACAAGUAUUGUAGGUAAGUUACAAAGAGAGUUUGUGAAUAUUAAAUUAUUAUGUGAAGCCUCACCAUGUCCCUGCAUCCAGCACUCCGUUUCAGAAGUUUGUCUCCAUAACAGUUUCAAAGACUACUGAGUGUGAUACAGGUUACUUCCUUGACUUGUCCGUCAGGUUAGAGGAUUAUCCACAAAUACCUGGAAAGAGAUGCCUGUUUUGCAGUGGUAUUUUGUGCUUCCUCGUAGAGCUGUACAAUGCUUUAAAGUUCUGGUACAAAUAUCAGAGCGACCUCCUUGUCAGAGCAACUUAGAUUAUAAUCUUAUAUAGGCUAUUGUGCUCAUACAUUAACAUACAGGACUUGAAAAUUUUGGAGAAACUGCCAGUCGUGUGGGAAAGUACUGAAUGCAGGUUAGAUUACAGUCUGCUAUUUACAAAUAAAUCCAAUAACAGUAUACUUUCAGUGGCAUUUUCUCUUAUUCCAUAUACAGACUAUUGGUGAGCUAGCAAUUGUGGGACUUGUUGGGUUUGGCAGAAGUCAGUAGGAAGCAUGUUUCAUAGCCAAACAAUUUCUUUUUAAGCAAAAGAACAGUGUUGGGCCAUUUGAAUUUUCUAAUCAAUCAAAACAGGGAGUUUUGGUAACAGCUUUAGAGUGUGAAUGGACUUCUCAAAGCUCCUAGAUUAGUAUGAGAUUGUUUAAAGUUUGUAUUUUAUAAUUUGUAUUGUAAAAACUUUUGCGUGUGUUUUAUUUUAAUCAUUGUAAUAUAUGACCUCUACAUGUAUUUUUAUUUCUAUCUCUCUCUAUAUAUAUAUAAAGUAUUUUGUGUGUUAGUUUUGAUUUUGAAUUUGACAAUGUUGAAAUGAGAGAAGCGAAAUAGUUUGUGUGGAUCUGAUAUUUAUGACUAUAGGGUGUUUUUUUGUUCUUUAUAAAUCAGUGUAAUGUAUAAAUGUGCAUGUUUCUUUUUUUUUUUCAGUAGUAAUAUACAUGACUUUACCUAAGUUCAUAAUUUCAAUCAAGACUUAACAGUUCAUGCUGCUACAGUUGGAGAUACUCAGAAAGUCUUAUUCAGCAAUCACAUCUAGAGGUUCUAUUUUUAUUUGUUCUUAAAAUAUUAUUGCCUGAAAAGGCUAUCACACAAGACCCAGUGUAAUAUUUAUAGGACUAUUUAAGUUUGUUUUCCGAAUCAUUGUUAUAAAUAAUAAUAAUUUGCAUGUCUGCUUAAUUCUGUUGGAAAGUGGCAUUCAAGUCAUUCGAAGAAUUAUUGGAACAAGUAAAAAUUUGUGUAGCUCAUUUUAUUCAUGAUAUCAGAGAACAAAUUUAUUCUUUCUCUUCUUUUUGUUUCCUCAGUUUUCCUUUCUUUGAUUACUUUGUAUCCUUUAGUUUUCCUUUUAGUGCCUAUAGUAAUAGUGUUCAAGAAACAGGUUGAAAUGGCAACACAUUGUUCUUGCAAACUGUAUGUGUGGUUCUCUCGCCUUUAAAAAUAUCAUGAAUCUUGCAAUAUACCUCCAUUGACAUAAAGGAUGUUUUGAAAAUCUAUCAAAUGGUAAAUAAAAUUUUGAAACUGGUGUAUGGGAGUGUAUGUUGUUUUUGUUUUUAUUUGUUUUUUAAAAUAUUUUUUAAUAUUAUAGUGGUUGGUUCUUGCAUGUAAAUACAUUAUGUUAAUAAUAUUACUUGGCCUUUAAUGUAGGCCUUCUAGCCAUAAUAUGUGGUAGGCCAAUUAGCAAAUGAAGUGUUUAAAUAGUUCAAAUUAAUGAGUGAGCCCAGUGCCAGGUAUUAUGCAAAUAAUCAGAUAAAUAGUUUCUUCACCUGGAAACAACUUACCAUUUUUCAACAACAGAAGUAUUGUGUGAUGUUGGAGCCAUUUUUACAUUUUUCAAAUUGUGUAUAUCACUUGUUAUCACAACAUUGAACAAGGACUUGAGAAUCUUUUUUUUGUUUUUAUCUCAUAUUCCAUCAGGUCAGAGUAUUGUUACUGUUGGUCUUUAUUUGCAUUUAAAAUUAAAUACUGAAUCCAACAUUAAUGACCAGUGCUACAGUCAUUAUUUGUUAUGUAAAGAAACAAUAGACAUUAGAGAUAAUCUAAAUGUAAAAUAAAUAUGUAACAAAUGCAAUAUGAUGUUAUGAAAUUUUAUCAUUGUAUGCUUGAUAGAACAUUUUCGUUAUGGUGUUAUUGGUUUGUGUGUGAUUCAGUGUGUGCUUAUGUAAUAGUAAGAAAACAUGUAAUGUUCACUUACAGUGAAAGAGUAUUAGUAGAUUUGAAUUCCCAGCAAAGUAAGUUUUGUUGCCAUGCCACAACACCAAAUAUGUGGGAGUUCGAGAUGCUGAGGUAUGAGGUGCCUUAUAUCUCCAAGGCUAGAGUGUGUGUGGGGGUCAUUUGUAUUUCAUUUACACAUCAGAAAACAUUCUCAUAUUAUGCACUUGCAACUUCCUUCUACCACAUCAUAUUGACUGAAAUUUAAAGUUUUUAGUUUUCCUUUGAUCAUGUACAUUUUAAUUUAUUUCCAUUCUAAUAUAAAGUGGAUUGAGUUUUCAUGAAGUGAGACUGGGACUAUUAACUUCUCUUUAUUCUUAUCAUUAUUGUGGCUACUAUUGUUGUUGUCAUCACAAUCAUUGCCAUCUCUGCUCUCAUGAGUGAAGAUCUGUACAUGUAUAAUCAUUGAAACUGGCGCAUUACUCGUGUUUAUUGACUUUGAUGAAAUGACCGCUUAGAAAUUAUAAUUCCUGCAAUAAGUUGUUAGAAUUGCACUUAUGAAAAGUGGCGAAAAAAGACACAAUUGUGGAAAAGGAAAUUAUGCUUCUCAGGGACCACAUGUUUAUCACCUAAAUGAUGUAUGUUUAAAUAUUGCAUUUCAUAUCUUGAAUUUUAUAUUACUAGCUAUUCUCUUUCGGGGAGGCAGUUAUUAGCUCUAGUUGCCUAAGUGAAUGGAUCUAAAGACUUGGGGGCUGAAAGAAUCUGUGAGAAAAACUGAAGAUAAUACAGUUACCAUGAAAAGAUAAAAGAAUAAAAAAAAAUAUGUUUAUCCAUCUUGAAUGACUGUGUUAACCAUUGUUCUGUUGUUAUGAAAUUCAGCUGUGUCUUGUAUUUGCAACUUCUCUUAUGAUUUUUAUUGAAGUGCUGGGAGCAACUCUUAAUAUUAAAUUUACUUCAGAAUAUUGUAUAUGUAUCCCAUUAUAUUUCACAAAACAAAAUUAAAUUACUACACAUGAUGUAGAGGAAAUUAAUAAUAAUCAACAGAAUAAGACAAUAAGUAAUACAGACAUCGAUUGAAAUAUACUUAUUUAGGAGAACUUGUAAAUUCUGUAUCAUGUUCUUUUCAUGUAAAAAUUGCGAAGAACAGUAAUGUAAUUUAACUAACUUAGUAGCAGACUUCAGAGGUCAUAAGAAAAAUUACAUCAAAUUAUCCUUGACAAAUCCAAUUAACUGUCAAUAUUAUUUUAUAGUUUAAUAAAUAAUGUGCCAUAAGCACACAUUGUCAUCUCAAUAGUUCCAAACAUUGCUUAAGAAAGGUGUCGAGUGUCUCGAUAGAAAAGUGAAUUCUUAUGUUCUUAAUAUGCUUUGACAUUGUAGCGUUUUUAAAAGAAAUUCAGUGUGCUCCCAGUUUUUGAGCUCCAUCUGAAACUACUUAUUUCCUUCUUACCACCAUCUGUGCAUCCUAUUUACAAAUCUUUUUGCUUCUCUUUUCUUUCAUUUUGGCACUCAGCACCUUCCAUGUUCAGUCAUUAUUUGCAUUCACUUAACUGGUAAAAAUAAAUGAAUUUCAGCAUUAAAAGAUUUUUACAGUCAAUAGUAAACAUUGCAUGAGGCUUCAAGAAAUAUUUUUGUAUGUGUACUUGUAACUGUGAGUUGGUUGUCAUUGCAAUUAUUCAUUUUCCUCGCUUUCACAUUCAUAGCUUUCAACUUUUUGGUUUAAUUGGCCAUUGAUCUUCCUUUGUGUAUUAUUAUUAUUAUCAUCAUUAUUAUUAUUAUUAUGCAUCUCAAAUCUGUCUCUUUCAGUCUGUAUUGCACUACCAAAAUGACAGUCAAUUUCACUUACUUACUAUGUUAAAAAUAGAAUAUGUGAUGUGGACAUGGCAUACAUAAACUGAUAUUUAUUUUCAUUAUAUUAAUGAAACUGCAUGAUCCAUGUGUAAUUUUGUGGACUCACAUUCUGUUUGUCUUUUGUCAUCUGAACUAGAAUUGAAUCAAAUCUAGAUAAAAAAUAGCAUUGUUUUUGGAAAUGGAAUAGCAUUUCUGUAUCGUGACAUACAGAUAUAUUCUGCUUUGUUUUGAAAUGUAACAUUGAACUGCUGGCUUCCAGUGGUAAUAAUUUUGAAAUGAAAAUUCUCUUUAUUUAAAUUUAGAUUUGUUUCAAUUCUUCAUUUCCCAUAAUCUUAUUUUUAGUGAAUAGUUUUAAUUUAUAGUGCUUGAAUGCCUGGGUAUGGAAAUGAAGCAAUCGAAGAUUAGCAGAGCUGUGUGUUAUCAAGCAAUCAUUAAACUACUUGAAACAAAAUUAACUCCUAAAUCACAUGAUUCAUUUAUCUGCUAGUCAAUUCAUUUUGUCAAAUAUUAUACAUUAUGUACUGUGCACGUGCAGUUUUUCCAGGAUUAUUAAUGCUUGUGAAAAUUCACAGUCCAGUAAAAAUGUUAAGAAGGGCAGUGUGAGAUGAUGUAUAUUUCAAAUAGUGGCUAAAUAAAUUUAGAGUACAAGAAUGUUUAUUUCAUCUUAUUUAAUACUGAAAAAGAAGAUACAAGACAUUAUACAAUUGUAUGACAUAAUGUGAUUAUUGGAGCAUCUGAUUUGGUAAUUCUUUUUAAUGUCAAUAUUUUGGACAUGGACAACCUGUUUGUGUGUAUUCCCAAUACUUACUUGGAACACUUGGAUUAUUUUUCUUAUUACUUUAGUAUAAGCUCUCUCAUUUACUAUUAUUAUUGUAAUUAUUUUAUUUAUUACUAGGAUUAUAUUUCUUUGAAAGUUCAUAACUUUAUUGUUGAGAAUUGAUAAAUAUUGAUUGUAAUUUGUAUAUUAAUAAUUGAAUUCUUCCUUUUUCCUCAGUGCACAAUUCUUACACUCAGUAUUUUAGUAUUUAUUUUUAUUUCAGAUUCAAAUAUUAUGAAAAUUUAUUUUCUUUUGAGUUUUUUAUCACUACAUAUUUUAGAAAUCCUAUAUUGUAUUAUAAAUGUAUUUUUCAUAAAUAUUUUUAAUUCAUUUCUUUUUUAAAUGUUUAAUUCUUCAGUUACAUUGUAAGUAGAGAAACUGCACGUGCACACAUACAUUUAAAAAGUGCAUUCUGAUGCAUGCACACAUUAACCAAUUAGUUAUCCAAAAGUUAAUAGCAAUAGAGAAGAAAAUUGGUAUUACGAGGAAACAUGACAGUUCAUUUCAUGGUUUGUACAUUACAUAAAAUUGCUCAGGCAUAUGUCGGAUUAGUUGGCUUUUGCGUGAAUAGUAAACUGAAUACAAUUGAAGUUCUUAAGUCCUAAUGAUAAAACAACUUAACAGUUGCACUGAACUUUCUUUUCAAGUUUUUGUUAUGUUUCCUUAUCAUGAAUUUAUAUUUCCUCUCUAAAAAUGUGAGAUAUCUGUAAAGUAUUACCAAUAUUACCAAUAACAUUGAAAUUGACAUAUUUCAUUUCUUUUUUCAGCAACUUCUUUACACACACCUUGAGUAUCUGAAUACUUUAUAACUUGUUAGUUUGAAGUAGAGUUGACAAAACUUAUUCUUGUAUAAUUUCCAUUUAUAAUCAAUAUUUUUCUUGUUGAACAACUUGAUUAGUCAAGAUUAAAAUAUCUGAUGAAUUUGCUUUUCUUGGAGCUUCUUUUGGUGAAAAUUGUUCAAGGCCAGGACGUAAACCUUUUCUACACAACAUAAAAAACCACAUCACAACUAUCUUCAUUAGUUUGCUUUCAAAAGCAAAGUUUCAGCAAGUUAAGAGAUUUUGUCCUACACCUCCAGUAUACAUCAAAUGAGUUAAAGUUACAUAACUAAUACACAUACUCAUUACAGAUCUAAUGCUACUAUAUGGAUAUCAGUACUGAAUGGUAGAUUUUGUAGUUUUAACCUAUAUUAUUU